AUGUCUCAACGGUACAAUAAAAAGGUAACGAACGUUUAAUAGUCCAUUACCUGACAAGAGACCGGCCUAAACUAACUGGAAUUUCUAAACUGAUAUUAAGCCUACAAGUUCGUGCUUGUCAACAAGGAAACCUGGUAAUUUCAUAUUGAACUAAAAUAUGAACCACGGGGUUUGAUAUUUUUGGGGUCGAUUGGUAUACGGCUUCACAAGCGAUUUUAUGCUAUCAUAUAAGCUCGAUAUCACCCCCUACUAGAUUUGACACAUCUGUGAAGAAUGGGAUUAUUGACUGUUAGAAUUCUAAGAAAUUCCCUUUCUAAAACUGUUUUGAAGAAGUAUCAUUCUGGAAUUUUAGUUAUUUUGGGUUAUCAAUUAAGUUAAUUAGUUUUUAAACUAUAUGAUUAAACUUAUUGACGCGUGUUUUCAGGGCCUAUACACAUAAUGUGCGAAUCAAAUUUUUUCGAUGCAUUGUUACUUUAAAAAGUAGCGGUGUAUUAAAAUAUCUUUACGUCUGUAAAUAGCUGCUGUGCUUCGGAUGAGUAAAAUUAUCGGUUGGAGAUCAAUAUUCCUCAUGAUAAAUUGUGAGUACAGAGGAAUGAAACGUCUUGGUUGUCAACACGUGUUCAAAGGAAGCUGAUCUAGGAAGACCGUCGACGCAUGCGCAAACUUACCGGGCAGAAAAAAAUGUCGCUUCUGUAAAAGCAAUAUUUCUAACAGUUUCCCCUUGUUCCUUAAUCAACCAAACCCCAAAUUUUGUUCCGGAAACAAUGCUUACCGGCUACAAUUGUAAACUCGAACAAUUUUGACCCCAAAUCACUUUGCAAUGCCAUGCGUUGUUAAUCUUAUCCGCGAAAAAAAAAACAGGCCGAAAAAUUUGUGUUAACAUUGACAAUUUGUCACCAUCUUCUAAAUGAUUCUGUUAGGGUUAUAGUGGCCAGGAAUGUACGAAAAACGAAGCAGGAAUUUUUUAUAUUAUUAUCAAUAUUUCUAAUCGUUUCCUCAAGCAACACGCCCCAAUUAAUUUGUUCCGGAAUGAUAGUCUGCGAAGUAGGUAUAGAUUUGUUUCCAAAUAUAAUUUGUAUAUACAAAUUUUUAAUGAUAUGAACUACAAACUACAGUGCAUAUAUUAUAAUUAAUCGUGACUUGACAAAUUUUCUCCCUCAAUUAAUAUUUGUCACGGUCCUGGGUAAACAAGAGGAUCCCUUAAUCAGUGCUUCUAAAGUUUUCCUGCUUCUUAACUCCAACAACUUGACCUCGUGUUGCUCAAACCUCUUGGGCGCUGUUCAGAAACAGACGGGCUUCAUGAAAACGAAGUUUGUUAGCUCACGUUCAAGCCUGUUGUAUUACUGAAGUUCCGGUCUUCAAACAAGCUCUUGGUAAGCGAUCCUACAGAAACGUUUAUGAAAUUACGGUAAUUUUGUCAAGAGAAGAUAAUUUCUCUCUAGAUUGUGUCUUUAGACAUUUUUAUUCUCGCGAUGCUGCGGCUUCGGAAACUUUAAGGGUCAUUUUAUUAGCCUCUCGCUGCUAGUAAUCUCUGAUCGGGGACGUGUUUAAGUACAGUGCCAUAUCAGUUUCCUUGAGCGGGAAACACAAUUAUUUAUAGAUACUGUGUAGAUUUCCUUAUAAACUUGGUUUGAAACCAUUAAAAGGUAUUAGUUCCUCUACAAAGAAUCGAAUUAGAAACACUGACCUCUGUCAACACUGAGGAUCACGGACCUCCCAGUCUUAGAAUAAGAGGAACUUGCACGGAUAUCAGGGCUAGACUUUCAGUUGUCAAAGGAUAAACCCGGAAAGAGAAUUCUCAUCCACGAAAGAUACAAUCAUCGUUGCAGAAAUUGCGGAACAUUGUUGAAAAAGUGACAUUUCUAAAUGUUUCCUUUUCAGUCAGGUAAAACAAAUAUUUCCCCCGGAAGCAAACGUUGUUAACUAUCCACACUGAGUCGCUUUUUCGAUCUCGGCCUCCGCUCUCCGGGACAUACAAGUGUUUCUUUGCGUCAAUUUUGAGUUUUACUGCGGCUUCAGCCUGACUUGGCGUGAAAUAAUGAAGUCAAGUAAUACGUAAUUACUAAAUAACGAGUUUAAUGUUGAAUGACAAGAGUGAAUGAUCAAGACCUCCCUUUGAUUCACCAGUCAUUGCCGGAAUUUCAGAGGGAUCAGAUAGAAACUUUUGUUCCCCUCGACAUCGGUAUGACAAAUGCAAGCCGAAUGAUCGUCAAAACAACACGCAGUGCGUGUUUUAUAUUUAUCCCUUUAUGAAGAGUAUCAAGAGUAUUUCAAGUACCGAGUUAUUUUAAGACCAACAUACGUAAAUAUUCGUAGUUUGGGAAUUGAAAGACGUCAAACUGAUCACUGUUGAAUAUUAAACAUGCAUCGCAGUAGACUCUCAGUCGAAAGUUGACUGUGUUAUCGCCGAUAGGUGACGUCAUUUACAAUACAAAUGUAGUUUGGAAGCUGAAAAGCUUCUGUGGACGCGACUUAGCCACAGGAUAACCAGGCGACAUUUACUACUGUCCUGUGGUCAUUCGUUUAAUUUUGUCUGGUCUUAGGAGGAAGGGCGGGUUUUGAGUCUCCAGAACUUCCUUAAAGCCGGGUAUAAAAUUUCUGAAGUAAAACUGUGUUAUUCAAAUUCAAUCUACUAUUGUAUAUUUUUGUCUUUAUGAUAUUAUACCACUACAACUGAAAUGAAAUCAGAUUUUUUUUUUCAGUUUUCAUCAAAAACAGUACUGUCUCAGCCAAUUUAAUUUCACGGUCAAUUUGCCAAAGUCUAAAUUUUCUCGUUCUUUUGUCAAAUUUUGCGGUAAUUUUUUUUGUCAAAUAUUAAGUUAGUUCAUCUAUAAAUUCUCAGGAAACCCAGACGGCAAUAUGAGUGCCGUAUCACUCUGCUUAAUGAUCAAUACCCAGAACCAACUCAUUGUUAGUGAUCCAGAUGAACAAUUCGUUCAGAUCCAAAAACGACGUAUAGAACGAAUGAGCUCUUUAUUAAUAUUCUUAUUAUUCGUUAGCAAUUCAAUGAGUAGCUUUUCUUAAUGUUGCAAUGAGUUCCUUAGUUAUUCCAGGUGACAGAUGAUACCAAACUCGACUGAAAAUGGCUGCAUCAUUCGUGAUAGAUCGGAGCGCAUCGUAUUAAUUGUUUUUGAGAUAACCACGAUGAUCAGACCGAUAAAAGUUGUUUAGAUCAAUGUUGGAGGAAGUUGAUCUUCUUGCCGGUCUUCUAUAUGAUUAUUUUUUUGAAAACCAUUCAAAGAUGGAAGCUGUAGCUUGAUUGACAGGAUCAUAUGACAGCCAGCUGCAUCAAAGUUCAAGCAUGUGCAACUCAAGUGAUCUGACAAUUUCCCUUUUUUUCCCAUUUUUCGUGCCAUUUAGGGCUAUUUUGUGAGGUUUUGGACAAUGAAAGAAAGCUUAUAGUUUUUACUGAGAUUAGUACAUAAUAUUUCAAUUUUUUUUCCUCAAGUAUAAAGAUUAUUGAUAACAGUGACAGGAAACCGAAGGUUUCAGGGAAACUCCAUCUUUGGUAACAUGACUGUGUCUAUUUGCAAACAAAUAAAACGAAAUUUCAAUUUUACAUCGAUAGCGAUUUGGACUUCACCUUUAAGGGAUCGGCACGGGCCUUUCCCGCUUUUAAAGGAAGGUAAACUCAGGUAAUCAACUUUAUUUGCAUUGUAAAAAGAGCGGAACAUGUUUUACCCAUGUUUUCGAUUUUACUAUCACAUACACGAUUCAAAGCUUUAUCAAAAGAGAAAUAUCUGACACCUUCAAGGAUCACUACAAACUGUUUUUCUGAAAGGAACAUUAAAAAGACAAUAUGUGAUCAGUUCGAGAGCUGCAACGAUGGGGAUAUUCAAAAGGGUUGUAUUUACUUCCGGUUUCUAAUCCGGCCCGUCGACUUUCCUAGAUUUUCACUUUUUUGUUAUUUUUCUUCGAAUUUUUACUCCAUUUCUGGACAGUUGAACAGCUUAGAACUAAAAUCUACGGAAACCGAGCCCAUUAUUAUGGUUUUCUCGCUCCAUUUCAAGGGGAAAAAAGCAUGUUCGUUCUACGUAAUUGAAAAGGGAAAGAAAACAGGAAGUACAGAAUGACGUAGGUGACAACUAUAGUAACGAAGGGAUGUUUGUGAGAAGAAUUUGUGUUUCGAUAUAAUUCAUUCUAACAUCGGUUUUAAGCCGAAGCUGAAUGAAUACAGCGAAGCCGUGAAAUUAAUGAAGCGUAAUGAAUCUUAGCUUUCUCUGUUGUUUUUCAUUUGGACAUUUUCCUUUUUUGCGACGCGAAAAAUUCUCUCUUUUCGCCAUAUUGGUCUCCCGCAGAAUAUUUUGACUGAGGCGUGUGGUCGCAUCUUUUUAAAUACUUCGUCUGCAAUCUGCCAAAAUUUCUCUCAGUUAUAAUGGUGUUUGUUUCUGACUCUAGCUAAGUUCCCGAAGUGUCCUUUUUCUAUUGGCGUCGGAGGCAAAAUGGAAAAUUUCGAAGAAGAACCGACUUGAAAGAAAUUGAAAUCGUUGUUAUUGAGUACUAAAUUCUCGCCACCUUCAAUGACAUCACUGUGACAUCACGACGCCCUCCCAAAAUGCAAAUUCCCGAAGCAUUUUCCUCACUCGAAGUUGAGCCACAAAUAGCACGGCCAUACACAUUGUCAGGGCAGCUGUUGUGAAAAGGCAUAUUUACUGGUGGGUAAAAAUAGAUCUUUGAAUUUUUAUUUCCGUCUAACACCGAAGUAUAAACAGCAUAGAUGCUACCAGAGCGAUUUCGAACAGUUGUACUCGGCAAGCUUGGAUUUAUUUGCACGUUUUUAAGAGUCCUUUUCUUGUUUUGACUGCCUUGUAAGGGUGGAAAUUUUGUGCGUUUCGCUUGCAUUUUUCCGCAAUCAUUCACAACCUUCUCUACCUCUAGCAAAACUUGUUAUUUCUAUGCUGCUUCCGAUCGUUCGCUUUUUCAGCCUUGGAAUGAUUUAGGUAAAAUAAUGGUUGGAUCUUGUGCUUGCCAACGAGCAUGAUAGAAAUGUCGUAAGCUUGCGCCAUGACGAACAACUCUGGGAUCGAAUUUUUGCCAUGAUAAUGCUGUCGUGAAUUUUCAUGUUACUCCAGUGGGCGAUCCACCGUUAAUGUUCGUUGUUUAUCUUGUUGUGAGCUUACGAUACUAUCCAGCGAAAAUGACAAAGCUGUCGUUAUCUUCUGUAGAUAAAAACUGGAAUCGAAGCACAGGGCAAGCUUGUGUUUUCCAUGUUUUUCUUGCGUUCGUACAGCUGUCGAAGGUGGUCGUCCUCAGAAAAUCGCCGCCGUGGUGUUCCAUAGACUAAGAAUUGAUCGAACCAAUUAUAUAAUUGGGAAACAAGUCUCGUUUGAAAAUUUCAGAAUUUUGAGCGAAGGAGCUGUUGAAAUAAAGAGGAAAAUGGCCUCAGCGCGGAUGCAGAUUUCACUUCGUUUUUGCGACAUUUUUAGCUUGGGUCACAAAAUUUUUCGACGAACGUCGGUGAUUUCGCGCUUUGAACACAUCCAUCUGAAACUAUUCGCCGAUCGGCAUAAGCCUAAGUUCAUUGACACCUAGCAUUUCGCUAAGUUCUUCUUAGUGCAUACUUUCGCUCGACACGAAGUAAAAUGUUAGACGAAGACGUCGUUUGGACCCUCGGAACAAGUAGCUUCAGCGAAUGACAAAAACAUUCAUUUACAAGAUGGCAGAAUAGGCGAAAACAAAACUUCCAACCUUAGAUGUUAGCUUUCUUGUUGAUAAAACGGUGCAACUUUGAAGACCAAAGGACGGUGUUUUCGUGUUCGUAGAUCAAAAGUUCGUGAGGAAUGCCUCCUCAGUGAGAUCAUUCGUUCUAAGCUACCCCGGCGAAAUUCACUGAUCGCAAACCUCAUGACAUCAUUUCACGCAAUGAACGAUCGCUUCGAAUUCCAACCGAGAAGUGCUGUUCGCCUCUAAGGUCAUCUGGAAGAGAAAUUUUGCUCGGGUAAAGAAAGGUGGAUCGAAUUGAGCAGCCCGCCAUCAUUCCCGAGACAGAAUUUGUAUGACUAUUGUAACAUAUCACUACACCAAUAGCAUAGCACAACUUUCCUAGAUCUUGACGAGACAGCUAGCUGGUACAUGUAAAUGAUUUAAUGAACUCACUUUGUUGUUUUGAAUCUGUUCAUUUUACAGAUCCAUCGCAUCAGACACAGCGAUCAGACACAGUCGAAUUUAAAACUGGCUGAAGGCCCCCUAACGAAACUCAAGUUGAGCGCGGCCAUCCACAAGAAUCACAGUAUGGGAAGAAAGAAGAUACAAAUUUCAAGAAUCGGCGACGAGAGAAAUCGCCAGGUAUGAAACAAGCAAACUCCGCACCAAUUUGUGCAAACCGCGCGCUUUAUUAUUGUUCGACACAAAUAGCAGUGGAUUUGUGGCUUUUUUGGUCCGCGCGGGCGUCUUGCGAUGCUAAAUAUAUUGCACACUGAAGGUCGAAAAUAGAAAAAUCGGUUUGGGGUUAGAAUUUCAUUAGAGCGCGGUAUUUUUAGCUCGCGUAGGUCAAUUUUGUUAUAUCUUAGGGCUUCGUAGUUCUUUUGUAUCAUUUGAUAUUAAAAGGAAUGAGAAGUGAAGUUUUCUCUGCAAUUGUGCAACUAGUGAUGAAAUGCACUGUACCGUAUCACAGCACUGGGGUGUAAUUGGGAUCUACCAACACAUUCAUGGCAAAAUUCCCGGUACCUGCAGACCCAUCAACAUUUCUCCUAUAAAAUGAACAAGAACCUCUUUUUUUUUUUACAGCUCACACUCAGCUUAAAGAGUAAUGAGUUGCUCCGCGAGUUUCUCCUACGUUUUUGAAGUUGAGCUGGCGGUAUCGAAGGUUCCAUCGUCGCGUGUUGCGAGAUAUUUUUGGUUCAUUGUUUGUCUUUGAUUUUCAAGUUCAUUUUAAAUAUCCCAUUAACAUUUCACGGCAUUGUUGGCUUCAUGAGGUGUUUGUUGACAAAAGUCAUCUACAUUGAGCUGGACAUGCUAGUUCUUGACGAUUAAUUUUUGUUCACUGUACAUGUCUUGCUUGAAACGUCCUUUGUUGUCUGUGUUUAGCGGCUGAUGGAAGCACGCAGGAGAUACAUGUAUGUUUCGAAACCGACUGUAAUGUACAUCUCGUGGAAAUUUGAUUUGCGAUAAAAUAGAACUUCUCUUUGUUUUUCUUACCACAAAUUACUAUUUGUAGUUAGUUUUUUUCAAUCGCGAUCUCUUUUGUGAUUUGCGAUUUUAGCUUAUGGUUAUUUUGUUUCUUGUAAUAAUUUGCGUGAGUGAUUUAUUCAAAAAUAAGCUUGACAAAUCAACAUUACAAUUCUUUGUGCGUGUCUGUUUUGCUUAAAUUUCUUCGUCUUUUUUAAUGGAACACAACAGAAGAUAAAACACCAGUUUUGAUGUUUGAGACUUUCGCUUAACGUAAAUCGAUAUCCUUGAUGUGAUACCGUUCCCCAGUGUGUUCUAGAAGCAUUCCAGAAAUAAAUUUAAUCUUACAUUGCAUGAUCACAUUCUUUCUGAGGUUUAUGUGUCGCUGUUGAAAGAAAUUAACCUGUGUAAUUCUUCCUCUUAAUUUUUUGUUUGCACUAUAUGGAAGCUUUUUUUGUAAUGUUGCAAAAUUCUUGUAAUUUUGUGAUCCUUGUGGUUAAAACAUGUCUCCAAAAGUAAUUCCCUUACCAUUUGAUAUACUGAAAAACAUUUCAACAAGAAAGUGAGCAUACGAGUCUAAUUUUAAAAAGGUCAUUUGCAUUUUUUUUUUCUAUGGUGUAAGGUAGAAGGUUUUGCUAGGUUUUUGGUUUUAAAAUUAGCAGAUGAUUACUUGUACGUGAGGCCUCAGGAUCCAUCUGAUGCGAUGUCUUACUGAUGGCUUGUGCGCAUACCACCUGUACAGCUGUAGGCCAAGUCUGUAGACAACUCACACUAACACUUUAUCCAAGGUGGAUUCAAAUCUGGGGUUGGCAUGUUUUGGUAAAAAAGUUUCAUGUGUUUAGAAUUUGCCUAUGCUCUAAAACAAAUUAAAAGUGGCUGAAAAGUCAGAGUUAUAAAGCUUCUAGCCGUUAGCUACAUGUAAAUAUGGUAGGAAUUUUGUCAUGGAGGUUUUUGUCAGGAUUUGCUGAGUGAGAAGUCAGAUGGGUUUCCAUGUUUGAAAUUUUUCAGCUCCACAUUUUUGCUUUCUUGUGGUAGAAUUACCAGUUGUUUAUUUAAAGACCAAAAAUGUUGUUUUUGUGGUUAAGAACAAUAACGUUUUAUUUUGUUCAAACAUAUGGAGAGAAAACCAUGUGAUGGACAGAACCUUGGUUUCACUUAAUGCCCCGGAGCUUCGCUGUGCUGUGGCCAAUUAUGUAACAGGGUCACAAGUAGAGUCCCCCAUUACAGCCUAAAAAGAUCACUCAUUCCCACAAUCCUGACACUUUUUUGGACAUUAUUUUCAGAAGUUUCAUACAGGAAGUUUUGAUUUCCUCAAUCAUCUUUACCUAGAGCAGGUAGAAGAAAAGGGGUGGAGAAAAAUGUGCAUGAAAUAAUCAGUGCUGGAAAAAUUAAAUGCUUUUUCCUUAUUUCUAAAAUAAAAUCCAGUCGACUUUGAAACGACUUCCUAAACCCAUCUGUCAUAUAUAUUAAACUGCCGAAUUCCAUAUCCUGUCUUUUAGUCUUAAAUGUUGCAACCUUUUUACUCUAAAAUCUUGAAUCUCUACCUUAACAUGUCUUUGCACAAGCCAAAUCUUGGAUCAUAAAAAAUGUAUUAUGGACCCUCAAUUAAGUGUUCCAUGAAAGGAUCAUAUCUGAUAGCUUAGCUUAAAUGUGGAGUCAUUAUUUUGGUGAAAUUUAUCUAUGAUGACAGUACUGAUGUGUAAUCAAGUAUCACAGACCUUCCAACUCUCACGGUUUGACCGUCAGACUCAUGGUUUAGGCAGUCAACUCAUGAUCCCUCGAUUUAAAAUUGCCAGACAAUUCUGGUAGGAACUGCGUAGUUUCAAAAAAACCAACUUCAUAAUAGGCAAAAAUUGUAUCAAUCUUGUUUGGGGGGAAACCUGAGUCUAGUUCCAACCUCAUUCCUGUAAAACAUAGGUUCGGUAAGGUCUGUGGGAAAGCCCUUAUAGUAUACUCACUUGGCUACUCGCCGUCCUGUUGACCUGGAUAGUAAAACAUAAUCCUCCCAUUACUGCCAAAAGAGCGACAAGACAGUACAAAAGAGACCACUAAUAGGGUAAAGAAUACCGUGACAAAAAUAAUCAGCGUUUUUGAUUUUAUUUGACACAUAUUUUGGAAAUCUCCAGGUUUGAGGUCCCAAUCUCCAGGUUUUUGGCAGCUUUUUUCGAACACUCCAAACUUGUAUGGUUUAGGGGUUGGAUGGUCUGAGUAUCAUAUACUGAGGAAACAUUGUACUGCCAUGUCAUCCACAAUCAUGUAAUUUAAGUUAUUUCACUUGAUACAGGUCACAUUUACCAAGCGUAAAUUUGGAUUGAUGAAGAAGGCGUACGAGCUGAGUAUUUUGUGCGACUGUGAGAUUGCACUGAUUAUUUUCAAUUCUGGCAACAAGUUGUUCCAGUAUGCUAGUACUGACAUGGACAAGAUUCUUCUGAAAUACACAGAGUACAAUGAACCACAUGAGAGCAGGACCAACUCAGACAUUGUGGAGGUAUGCAUCAGUCAGCCAGGUUGCUUUAAAGUUCUCUCAUGGUUGAUAUGGGCUGUCAUGUAAGAGGCAGAGGUGGGGGGGGGGGGGCAGGGGUUUCUCCCAGCUGCUAUCAGCAUGGCCCCUGGCUACUUUCAUAUAAUGUAGGAAAAUAGAAGAAAAAUAGAAGCAAGGGAGACCCCUAGCUGUUUGAUUCCCCGCCUUUUCUGUUGUAUUUAUUCGGCAACUUGAAAUCUUGGUGACAGCCCUGGUUAACUCGCUUGUGCACUUGGCAAAGUGGAGGAUCAAUUUAGAAGUUUACCAGUGGUAGACGAAACACUGAUCCCCAGUUCAUGGAUUACCCCCCAUGGACUACCCAUAUGGACUACCCUAAAAUGGAAUACACCACUGAAGUUUAGUGAUAUGUAGUCUUGGUCUAGUACAUGCUAGCUACAUGUAUGGCUUGCCCAAAUGGCAAGCUGUAAAACUAAAUUUCUUUGCACCCCGUAUAUACCUUUACUGUAUAUUAUAGUUUUUUCCUCUACAAAAUUCUUAUUUUAGGGGGACAGUAUAACAUUGAUUUACAUGAAAGGCUCUGCUCUAAGGAAAAUGAAAGGGAGUCAGGUGCUCUGAACCCGUGAAAUCCAGGGUGCCCAGCUUAAGAUUUCUAUCCAAAAAAACUGUGUCACCUAACAACACUGCCAGAAUACAUAUACAAGUAACAAUUUUGUUAUUUUAUUUUUUUUUACCAACAGACCAUUUCAAAGAAAGAAAACAAAGCAUUGCCAUCUCCUGAUGACACAGAUAAGGUGUGUGUUAUCACUGUAUAUACACCGUAUUUUUACUGUUAACCAGAAAUAUGUACAGGUGUGCAUGUGUAUAAAUGCUGGUAAAGGUACUCUUGAAUGGGAAAUGUUGCCUACUCUCAAGCUUCUAUUGGGGUCAUCACAUUUUGUUGUCAAGUCUACACUUUUAUAAGUAUAAAACGUCAUUUUACAAAAAAGAAAGAUUUGCUCUCAGUCAGUUUGGCAAGCAGGAAGAUUUGUUUCCUGUGCUGGUCUGUUUCGUUUUGCAUGAAUGACAAGUUCUUAGAAGUGAGGCAAGAGAAAAUUGAUCAGAACAGGAGAUCUUGCAUAAGACUAAUGCGAACAAAAUGCAUUUUUGGUUAACAAACACCGAGUAAGACUGAAUGGCUUCCAAAGAUUUUUGCAAUCAAAAAUUUAAUACACUAACAAUGACUGUUCAACCAUUAUAUGACUAGUGGAGGGCUUGUUCUUGAUAAAAAAAAAACUACCACUUAAUUAUGAAUGAAAAAAGUCAUAAUUUGGCUUAAAAUGGGUUUUUUCUCGCGCCCUCAAUAGCCCUCGUGCUCCGUUAAAUUAGGCUAGCAAGGCCACUGAGCAUUGUUUGUAAACUAAUUUAUUGUGGUUUGACAGUUUGUUUUUGUAAGACUUCAAAAAAUUUACAACCACUGACAUUAAGGCUGGUGGAGAGAUUUGCCUGUUUGAUGAGAACAUGCAAAGGGGCUACUGUAUAAUUUUUUUCAAAAGAUGAACAACAGACUCUUUGAAAAAUAACAUAAAUGAUUGUUCAUCAGCUUGUUUUAUUUUGCAAGGUGUAUUUUUGUAAUAUUGACAAAUACAAGCAGAUUUCUUGGUUCAGCUGCUUGUCACAUGUUUAUUACAUAAUUUUGUAAAGUGACGUAGUUUUAAUAUCCAAACACGUUUUAAAAAACCUUUUUACAAUGCUCUGUGUGCUUGAACAUUGUACCUGAUAGGAAAACAAAUUAUCUUGUGUUUGUUUCUUUUAGAGUGCUAAAACACAGUUAUGCACUUUAUUUAAUUUUGUUCUUAAUGAUUGAAAAUAUUUUCAUUUCAAAUUUAAACAUAGCAAAUUGAUUUUUAUUUGUCAUUUGUGUUUGAAUUUAUUGGUGAGAAAUAAUCCUUUCGACAAAAGUAAUGUGCAUGUGCAUGUAGGCCUAAAGAUCGAUUUCCGUAUGUUUUUUAAAAAUUCAUUAAAAUAUCUCUAGGAAAAAAAUAAGAAUCCAAGAACAUGAAAUGCUUACUAUGUUUUGACUUAGAGGUGGAAGUAAUGUCUCAUUAAGUGUGAAUUAUUUGAAUACAAUCUUCCUGUUUGAAGAUCAACGAAUAUCAAAUGACGUCCAUUAUCAGUAAAGUUGCAUAAUAUUUCCUUUUUCUGCCCACACAAGGCACGUGGACAUAAAGAGAAUAAAACAUAUAGUGCAUCUAAAUUUAUAAUUCAUGCCUAGAUAACCUAGCAAAGACUAGAAAAUGGUGUAAAUUCUUCAAAUUAACCAGCUAUAGUUUAGCUCUUUCAAUGUUUGUUUAUACUGCAGUGGCUCUUAUGGGUUGACUCAUUAGCUUGAGAAAACAGGUGACAUUUCCUGGUGACCACUACUGGUUUCCCCACGCAAUGACGUCUGAUGAACAACUGGAGAAAUUUCAUAACAAAGACAACAUGUCGCUAUGCUACCCAGAUCUGGGAAGUGCUUCUGAUUGGUUGAAGCAAAUUUCCAUUGUGGCACAACUAAUUAGAAGUGCUAGAUGUGGUCAGUGAAGUCUCAUCAAUGCGGAAUUUCUGUGCUCGUUCGUCAGAUGUUAUCUUGUGGGGGGGGGGGACCAGUGAAAUGUUAGCCGUUUUCUCCUGCUGUUUUUGUUCUGCCUGUUUUCUCGCGCUAACUUUGUUUGUACGAAAAUGGCCUCUGUGGGUUGACUCACAUGCUAAUGAAUAAAAUUAAUUGUAAACAGUUAACAUUAGCAACGAUUUGCCUUAACCCAAGACACAAAUUGACGUUUAAGAAUUACCAUUACCUUAGGACUGAAAGCAUAUUUGUGGUGUGUUGAACACAGUUUUUUUAUUUCUGCAGCAAUUUGUGCUUACUCCAAGGACAGAAGAAAAGUACAACAAAAUUAACCAAGAGUUUGACCAGAUGAUGAAAAAGAACCUACUUCAUCCAGUGAGUAGUUAUCAUUGCUUUCUGCAUUGUGUCUUUUACCUUAACCUUGUUAUCAGCUGCUGUUUUCUCCACACUGUUCCUUAUACAUCUCCCACCUUCCAGGAGAGGAGAAUUUGUGUCACAUAAAAUCAAGAUCAUUUUUUCAAUGCAAAGAAGAUCAUCACAGCUUAAGGCCCAACUUAUGCUUGGGUUGGGAACCCUAUCCUUUCAGGACCAGUGUAGUGCUCUAACCAGUUGAGCUAGCCAGCAAGCCAACUGGAAGGUGGCCGUUGAAUUUGUUUGUAAUAUACCCAGACCUUUUUGUCAGUCAUUUCUCUCAUCCCUGUAACCAUGUCAUAACCUUUAGGGUAGUCUGCAUGACUUGUUUGGAGAAAUGCAGUAACAAUUGUUAGAAACUGCAAGAAAAAAGAUAAUUGACAAAAUUCUGAUAUUCUGUAGCAGCAGUCUUCCUCUGGCUCGGACAAUUAUCACGCCCUCCCUGUCACAGUCCCCGUGUCGUCAAACAGUGUCGGAGAAGAUGGCUAUGGCAGCCGGCCGCAAAGUAGGGACAGUACAGUGAUGAGCAAUACCAUGCCAGUCAGCGCAAGUGGAAGGAUUACAGGUGAUCACAUGAAUGGAAACUAUUCUCGCGGAAGCACCCCUGGAAUUUCAGGUACAAUAGUUAUUAGUUACUAUUCUGUGUAGAUACAUGUAUAUCCAGUUAAUAGGGAGUUUACAACAACUUAAAAGGCAUGUUCAAAUUCUUUCAAUCUUUAUUGUGGAGGUUCCAGUUGGCUAAAUUUGACUAAUUAAUGGUGGUAACUUCUCCUGGGGAUGAAGUCUUAAGGGCUGUAUAGCUUAUCUGAGUUUAAAAUUAGAAUGUCAAGCAAGGCUUGUUAUGUUUAUGCCCUCGAAGUGUAAAACAUGGCAUCAGGAGUUUGAAGUCAUGCAGAGGAUGUAUUAAUGAGUGUGAAGCACAUGAAUACACUGUGAGUUGAUGUCCCCGCAAUAUAUCAGUCAGCUACUAUACAUGUAUGAGGAUUCUGAGGCGUGUAAUCUGUGCAAUCUGUGAAGGAAAAUGGCAUUCUACAUGUAGAAAUGAAGAAAUAUCACCAUUGUUUAGAAAGUUAAAAAAAAAAUGGUUGGAGCCACCACUGUAUGUAACCAUUCUUAGACUAGUACAUGUACAUGUAUUUUAGUUUGAGGAUUUUGUUUUCACCUCAAAGCUAAGCUAAGGAACAUUGCUUGUCAGCUAGGCAAGUUCGGUGUGUUAAUUGAAUUUAAAAAAUAUGUUCCAUAAUAAAAACUUAAGUCGAUGAAGAUUACAUGUACUGAUAGGUUGAAAGAUCAUUUUACCAAAUUUUCUCCUCAUCAGUUUGUUAAGAGCCAAACCCAACCAAACCUCUUUCAAAACACAUAUGUUAUUCACAAUCAUACCUUUUAGUCUGUUUUCCUGUUGUGGUUUUCAGAAAGCCAAACCUAGCUGCAGUAAAUUAAUCACUGAAAUUGAAAAUAGCUGUAGUCUAUCAUGGAAAAGAAAACUAGGACAGAGUUUCUUGUUUUGUUUUUCAAAAUUUCCUGUUUGGGCUUUGCCUGGCAGGUUGUUAGAGCUUGCCUGAAUGAACCACUAUUAAUACAAAUGCUUUUUGCAUUUCAGACCUGUUGUUCCCCACUUCUCCCCAAAGCUGAUACCAUAUAAAGGAUUGCAUUACUCUGAUUGGUUUUCAUUUUAAUGAUGUUGCAAGCUUUUAACAAUUGCCUAAAUAAAAAUAAAUAAAUUGUAUAAUACCUGUCGGUACCUUGGUGCUUUGAACAGAGACAAAAUAAUGACAAAUUAAAUUAAUUUGACCUUAAAAAGUGCAAGAGCUACUAAGUUUUGUUCAAUUACAAAUGUAACGUUUUUUUUUUCACUUCUAAUGACAGCAGUGUUACAAGUAACUUGUAAACACUCAAGGUUGUCUUUGUCUUUGUUGAAUUUUCACUCAUAAACAACUAAACCUGCAAAAUUCUAAAUCAGAUGAGACUUUGUUUUAGGUAGUUUAACAGAUGGUUGUUUUAGUUUAGUCAAAAAAGUUUUCUUUGUUACCAAAGAUGUUUUUAACUUCACCACAAUAAGCAUUUAUAAAAGAAAUAAAAUAAAUAAAAUAAAAUAAAGUUUACCAUUUGUGUGCUCCUACAAUCAUGCAGAGGUUCACCUAAUAAUGCUAAAUGGUUAUAAAAUUGAUGUUAUAAGUUGAAUGCUGCUUUAAAGAGUGAAUCUUAAAUUUCAAUUUUGACUACUUUGCUUCAAGUAGGAACAUUUUGAUUUAAACAGUUUAAGCCAUAUUAUUCAUUCUAUUAAUUUUAUUGCUAAGUAACGUAAUAUUGAAACAGCAUUAAUUUAGUGUUUCCCAUUAAAAACUGUCUCUAUUUUUAUUGUGCAAUAUUAUUUUUUGUUGUACAUUUAAAACUGUAUUUUAGCUUAAACUUUCAUGGAGCUUACAUGAUGAUUCUGACCACUGUCAGGCAUUUUUCUUUUUCAUAUAAACAUUAUAACUCAGUUUAAUGUAAUGUAUAUGUAGCUUGAUGUUGAAAUAAACAGUAGUUUGUUGUUGUAACUACAAAUUGUGUGUCAGUUAUUGCUGUUUCAAGUGUAAGCUUCAACUGAAAUACAUCUAAAUCCAAAAUAAUCAUGUUUUUCAAGAUAAUUUAUAUCCUUCAUGCUCAGUGAAUUAAACUCCUUCAGUUGACGUACAUCUGUAUCAAUGUCUUAUUUCACUGGACCCUGAUAAAAAGACUUUGAUAUCUUUGUAAAUAUGUUGCAUAUUACAGCAAGUGGUAUUGUUUGAAGAAAUUUUGGUGCCUUUUUACUGUUUCUGUUAAAAAAAUAAGGUUAUUUGCAUGGUGGUUCCAACUUUUUAAAUUUUAACAAUGCUACAUUAUCUCAAAAUACCAGCAACAAAUACAUUUUGUGUAAAGCUUUGCAAAAAUUAAAAAUAUAUCAUGCCCAGAAUUGUUGAUAAUAUUUCCUUACUGCAACACCAGUCAAACCACAAGACAAGUCUGAGAGAGAGAAACUUAACCAUGCCAUACAAGCCCAGCCAUUUAAUUAAUGUGUGAUACAGUAAAGACACCAUUGUAAUAUUAAAAAUGAUUUUGUGUUAUCCAGGAAAUACACAAAAUAUGUCUGACCUCGUUGCAGCAGCAGGGCUAGGCAGAAGGAGUGUCACCCCUGGAUCUGUUCAAGGAAACGAUGGCUCAUUUGCCUCGCCUUCUCCAGGGGUAACAAACACUGGACGGAAUUCUGUGUCACCACACCCGCAAGCUGUCACCCCUCCACCUAACAGACCACCAUUAAAGAUUAGCAUUCCAAGCCGAGGCCCCAAUGCUGGACAGAUGGUAAGGGACAUUGAGUUAUUUAGGAAUGCAAUUUAAUGUAAUGCUUCACAUUAUUAACGUUGUUUCAUGACAUGUAAUCAAAUUUGACCUGCAACAUCUACCUAGGAAAUUAACGUUCCAUGUAAUUAUUAAGGUAUUAGAAAUGAAUGCAACUUAAGUUAACACAAAUUCCAUUGAAGAUGACUUUCAAAGAAAGGGAAUUAAUGCAAAAGAGGGGGAAACAUUUCACAUUGAAGGAAAUUAAUGCAAAGUUCAGAAAGAAACAAAAGUUGUUGAGACAACUGGAACAAAGUUAAACAUAUAAUACAAAAUGGAAACUUUGUUUGUGGUACUUUCCCUGAACAUACCAAGGAGGUCAAGCUAACAAAUCUGGCCUCUGUAUUCACAUUAAUUUCACAAAGCGUAAAUGUUCUGAAUUAAGGUAGCAAUAAACAGUCCAUUUAUUCUAACAUAAAUCAUUAUUUACCAUUGCUUUUUAGCAACCUAAUCGCCAUGGGUUGACAGUUGCAUCAUCUCAAGAAAAUCAACCUUUGUCUACCCCGGUGAUUUCAUUAAACUCCUUACCACUACAGACCCCUGGUGAUAACAACUCACUCUCAACACCGAUCUUUUCCAUGGCAACACCCAAUCUUGCGGGAGCAGCACCUCCCACAUUCUCCUCUGCCUUGCCGUCUGGCUUUCCACCUGAUUUCCAUCUUGAAACCACAGAGUCCCUGGCACAGAAAUUGGCACAGUAUCCAGCGGCUGCGGCAUUACCUCUCAUGCAACAGCAAGCUCUACUCCAGCAACAGCUAAAUAUGCAUGGAUUACUGCAAGGGUAAGAAAUCCCUAUAGUAUUAGUGAACUUAUGCAACAGGACGGGUGAGGAAAGAAGGCAGCAAACCUUAUGUGACAAGUGUGAAAAUUAAUUUUGUUUGAAAAAACUUUCCACCAAACUUCAACUUCCUUUAAACAGAUAUUUUCGAAAAAGGCCAGAAACAUUAAUGUUAAGUGAAGAUCCCAACCAAACACGCAUCUUGUAGCCCUGUCAUGUUUGACACAUGCAAAAUAAUAUUAUGCUGUCCUCUUCUUGCCAUCCUGUUGCGUAAACUCAAUAUCAUUGUUGUACAUAUCUUUUUGCAGAGAUACUUCUGGAGUUGAAAAAAGUGGUUAAAAGCCUGGGAAUCCUUUUAUUUCUCUGUUUCCCACUAACUCAAAUUGAAAGGAACAAAAUUUUAUUAGACAUGAUUGUUCUAAGUUUAAGUUUGAUUGGUUUUGCUUUUUUGAGAGAACAAAACAGUAUGAAAUGUGUGUCAGUUAUUACUGUUUCAAGUGUUAGCUUGAACUGAAAUAAAUCCAAAAUAAUCAUGUUUGAACCCAAAAAACGACCUGAAAAUUUUGCCUUCUAUGCAUACCCUGACUUCAGAAGCUAAUAUUUAGCACUAAACAGAAGGCAGCACUGUGUUCAAUACACUCAUAAAAAUGGCAUUUUGGGCAGUUUUGGUCCUUUUUACCCUGACAGUCACCAGAAAACAGCUCAACCAGCUUCUAAAAAUGUUUUUUGGCAAAAGUCCAGGUACAAGUGUUUCAUUUCGUCACUGAUUUCUUUUUUCUCGCUUAGGAAUGUCGCCAAUUUACUUGGGAAUCGCCUUUCUGUUCCUAAUGCUGCUUUGGGUGGACAAGGAAUGUCAUCACUGAACAUUAAGGCCGAACCUACUGACCGGGACACUUCGUCGCCAAAUUCACACUCUUCAAUUUCCCCCACGUCCCCGUACCAAGUUCAACGGCGGCUUACACCCAGCAGAGAUGACAUCGAUAAAGAUGGAGCCGUGAAGCGCCCCCGGUUGGAUGGCAGCGUUGCUGCCACCUAUGGUCUGCGCUGAAUGAGAGCUCCUUGUGUAAUAUUUUUUUAGUAGUAGUCUAUUUUAGGUUUAUGUCUUGUCUUUAAGAACUAACCAUGAAAUAAGUGAUGCUGGCAUCAUACGCUGUGCUUCAAGGCUGUUAGAAACUUGCAUUAAUAUCAUAAUAUCACAGUACUAUCAUAACUCAAAGCUAGAAUUAAAACAGAUUCAAAUUGCCAAAACAAUUGCAAUUUAAAGAAAAUAGCAGUUGCAUAUGUGUAUGCUGCCUUAUUUUAUAGUGCAGACAUAAUGUUUCUAGGAUUAACUAUGCCAAAAACAACUCUAGUAGUUUUCAAAUUGCAUAGAAUGCAUUUACAGCAAGAAUUUUUGCAUCACAAAAAAGAUGUAAAUUGAACUUCUCCUUUGUUUUAAGAUGUAAAAUCGUUAUUUUAUAAUGUGAAGGUCUGUAGUGGUCUGAUAUUUAUUGCCAGUGAAUAGACUUACUGGCUGUUGUUUUGUUGUUGGUAAAGAUGUUUUAACUUAAAUCAAGAGUUUGAACUUUUUCAUUCUUUUCCAGAAUACUUGCACAAUUUUACGAGCAACUUUCUAAGACAGCCUUGGAAUACAUUAUUGUAUUGGUCUGUUAUUUGUAUUUUCAUCAUCCCUUGUAAAUAGCAAUAUUGAAAAUUACAUAUAUUCAUCAAAUAUAAAUUACUCCAGAAAAGUAGACAUUUAAUAGCAAGAACAGUUAUGUAAUAUUAGUCCCAACUAAAAGAAACCAUCAUUUGGCAAAUGAAAAUAAUAGUAAAGUUGUUUAAUUUUGGGAAUUCAUCGCCUUUUUUAAAAAACUAGAACAAGACUGAAUGGCUUGUGGUAUACCAGUGUAAUAAUUAUGCAUUAUUAGUUUGCUAUGGGUUUGUUGGGCGCCGAUUAUAUGGAGAAACCUUGUCCUGGGUAGAACCCGAGCGAUCCUACAAAAAAAAGUAAACCUUUAACUUGAGAAACUAAAGUUUGCUCAGCUAAAAGGGUGACCCGCCUAGCCAGGUCAUACUUUUAUGAUGGUAGGGUCGCUGGGGCAACUUUUCGCCAUUAUAAACACUUUGGCUCGCCCAGCAGAAUCAACUCGUUCAACGCGAGACAAUCACAGUGUGCACGAGGGCUGCUUUAGACAAUCGGAGCAUGUGGGAGCCCCGUUGGCUCGUGCAAAGGGGUACAUUUUUUCUCAUUUUAAACACUCGCUAAAUUUGAUGUGGCUGGGAGGGUCACCCUAAUUCCCAGGAAACGUCUUCUCUAUAUAAACGGCGCUUUGGUGCAUGUAUAAUUUGACACUUAACAUUACAUUGCAUUACGCAUUAACCAUGUGAAUUUAUUUGUAGGUAAAGUUCUUGUGUAGUGUAGUAGAACUCUAUGAGAGUAUUAUAGAUUGUCAACAUUGGUUGAUUUUACGUGCAUGGUCUUAAUUUGGGGCCUUCUUUGUAUUUAUGCGAUGGCAUGAAGUAUUCCUUCAUGAGAAAAAUGUGAUUGACGUAAAAUAAGAUUGGCUGUCUCGCAGUUGACUUUUAAGGAAUGUUUGCUAUAAUACAUGUAUUUCGUGUUUAAAACGGGAACAAGAUUUUCAGACUUUUUUUUUUACUUUUCUUAGCUUUGCUAACAAUUUUCUUCACCUUUUAUUUAUAUGUCUUUUCUUUGAUCUUUGGCAAAAGCGAAUUCAAACACUAAGCUUUUCUAUUAAUUUUUUAUUGCAGUUUAAAGAAAAAGCAUUUUUUUUAAAGGGUAUUUGAACUUACGUAGAAGUGCAUUACUCAGACCAAUAUCUUUUCAGUCAACUGCAUAGAGUCAACUUAGUCUGCGGACCAGUACAGCAGACGGAAAAUUAAUAUUAGUAUCAGUGUGCAAAGAAUGAAGUGUUCGAUAGCCCAAGGCUAGUGGAUUUCUGUUCAAAGUGAAGUUGUCUGGAGAAUUUAAAUUACAGAAGAGCUGUAAUCAAUCCUGCUUAUCAAAAACGUUUUUGAAAUGACUUUUGGGCUAGUACAUGGUAGCCAGGCUUGCCAUUGUAAAACUGAAUUUCUUUGCACCCAUGUAGUUACACAUUACGAGUGUUGUACUGUCGCUCUCUUUUCUUUUUUGCCACACGUCUUUGCACACAUUUCUAUGGGCAGGACCCUUUGUUUUAUGCGUGUUGGUUUGGAAACUUGUUUUCGCCGAGCCUUUAGCGGUAAGCGCAUUUUUUGAUACUACUCUUAAAGUGUCAUCAAUCUGUCGGGCAAGUGUAAUUCCGUAAAUUGGAGUGAAGCGUGUUAUUAAAGCAGUAGUGAGUUAACUAAUAUUGCUUAUAAGCUAGUAUCAACCUACCAACAAGCAUUUUUUGUCACCUUUGUUCAAUUUUUUUUUCAAGAUUUGAAGACCUUGUACGUCCCAGGUACACGUCAUUGAUGGUGCUUUUAACAGAGUACAGCGAUCUUAGAAAUGUUAGUUUGGAAACGCAUUUUAUGAAAGUGUGCAAAUUUUGUAAUCGGCGAAACGUAUGUUAUUCUUUUUUGUAAAGAUUAUAAUUUUAGUUGCUCAUCCGUUCCUAAAAAUUAAAUUUUAGAACGGUGAAGAAUGUGUUGAUUUUGUUGUCUGGUACGAAAAUAAUCUUCACCGGGGCAUCUCGGGCUCUCUCAAACUUUCCAUUGUUUGAUUGACUUACGCGUC